AGAUGACAAGCCUGUGUCAAUCGCCAUGCGCUGUACCGUCUGAGUAACAGUCACAAGCUAUUUCGCAGAAAACGGCAAUAUAUAUAUAGGAUAUAGGAUUUUCACCGGGACAUAGCGUUUGCAAGCGACUUGACUCGAGUGAACAGGCUCAUGAUGAAGAUGGCAUCUUUGCUGAACCCCAAGUGUUUCAUUCCUCUAGCGAUGUUGUGCCUCGGCUUGGGGGGCGUUUUCGUCAAAGCGGCUUCGACUUCCGUGAACCCAACCGGCGAAUCUGAUAGCACCGGAACUAGUGACCACUCCGGCACCACAGACCACUCCGGCGCCACAGACCACUCCGGCACCACAGACCAUUCCGGUAGUACUGGCUCCUCCGCUAGUACAGACCACUCACCCUCAGCAGUGACAACACAAGCCACGACACCGCAGAACGGGACCACUGUGAAUCCCAACGUCACUACUGUGAAUCCCAACGUCACUACUGUGAAUCCCAACGUCACUACCGUGAAUCCCAACGUCACCACCGUGAAUCCUAACGUCACCACCAUGAAUCCCAACUCCACUACCAUGAAUCCUAACGCUACCACCAUGAAUCCCAACUCCACUACCAUGAAUCCCAACUCCACCACCAUGAAUCCCAACAUCACUACCAUGAAUCCCAACAUCACUACCAUGAAUCCCAACGUCACCACCAUGAAUCCCAACUCCACUACCAUGAAUCCCAACAUCACUACCAUGAAUCCCAACGUCACUACCAUGAAUCCCAACAUCACUACCAUGAAUCCCAACGCCACUACCAUGAAUCCCAACAUCACUACCACCGCCAUCAAGCCAACCGGUAGCACAACGCCCUCCCCGAAAACAACUCCCGCAACCCACAAAUUCGACGGCGGGUCUUUCGUUGGCGGCAUAGCUCUUGGUGCCGGCCUCAUCGUCAUUUGCUUUGUGGUGUACAGGUGUUACGUGAUGCGGAAGGCGGGAGGGAAUAGACAACCACCAUAUGAAAAUUUUGAGUGAGCGGGUUCACAAAGGUAUUGUAUUGGCUGUCAUCGCAGUCCUUUCAGUUUGUGUACUCAUUUUAUCUGCUCGCUUUGUUUAACGGAAUUCACCCUGGAAGAUGUGAUGCCUUGUACUAGUCGUAGAUGUUGUGUAGACCAUGAGCGGAUCCAUUGAUGGUAUUGUUGCUCGAAUAUUGCUAAGAGCAACGUAAAACCGAACUCUCAAACGCUAAGAUCUCCCCUCUUUCGUAUACUUCUGGAUCCGCUUAUGGUGAACGCAUGCACCGCCUCAUUCCCAGGCAUCGGACUCUGUGUAUGAACUUCGCGUCAAAAAUAUACUUAUAAAGUUAAAAAUAAUUCAACACGGGGUUCGAGGAAUGUUCUUCAGCCAUAAGUAUUUGAUCGUUGAUGUCAAUAGAGUUAUCUCCCCUUUAUGUUCAUCGGGUUUUUUUCUGUGAAUAAAGCUGAACUUAUCUGGUCUAUUUUGUAUUACCAUUAUGUAAUUACUCUUUAAAACUCCAAGUAUCUCUACAUGAUGCGCUUAUAAUCAUUAGCUGAACUCUAUAUACUUCUGUGCCAAGAAAGAAUAUAAAUGAGAUUUUUUUGAUAGUGCCUACGUUAUGUCCACUGAUGAUUGCAAUGAUGUAGCUUAUGUCUGUUAUAUUCGCCCUUUAAUCAUGUUCAUUUGCAUCAGGAUAUAUAUUUUUUCACAGCCUAACAUCACGCACUACUUGCUCAUUAAUUCUAUUCACGAAGUGGUGUUAAUGGUGGGGUGUUAACAUCAUCUAACAUCAUUGCUUCUUUAACAUAUUGAAGAAAAUCCCCUCUGAAAUAACCAAUAAAUAUGUUUUCACCAAGUACUGAGCCUCUUGUAUAGCUGUAGUUGUUUCGGCUCAAUCUCUUUAAGCUUCUGUGACUUCUGUGACGACGUUUCAGGGCUACGUCUUGUUCCUUCAUCAGGUGCCUUCAUCACGUGAUGAAAGGACCCGUGAAGAUCCAGGGUAGACUGGGCCUUCAGCAACCCUGGCUUGCCGUAAAAGGCGACUAUGCUUGUUGCAAGAGGCGUCUAACGGGAUCGAGUGGUCAGGCUCCCUGACUUGGUCGAUGCAUGUAAUCGUAUCCCAGUUGCGUGGAUCGAUGCUCAUGAUAUCAAUCACUGGAUUGUCUGGUCCAGACUCGAUUAUUUACAUACCGCCGUCAUAUAGCUGGAAUAUUGCGGUGUUAAACAACAAACAAACAAACAAACAAAACGUGAUGAAAGGGCAAAAAGUAGACCUAAAGCGUCGUUAUGAAGAAUUACUAAACUCAGAUCACAAACUUCAGUCUUUUCUUGUCACAUGUCUGCCAUUUAAAUCAGGUAUCUCUAUUAUGUCAUCGUUUAGAGCCAGAUUGUUUUGAUUCAGGAAAGUGUUCAUUUUGUGAAGAAUCAUAAACUAAAUUGUCAACACGCUUGAAACCGAGUUAUAGCUGCAAUAUUCCACCCUAAAUAACCUGUAUUGACCAAGCGAUAUUUGUUACCAGAAAAAUCAUAACGCGAUGUAUGACUUGAUAUUACUUGUACAUAUUCUUUUACAGUGAAACCUCGCUACCUCGAACCACAUUAGAGGUAGUCAUCGAUCGGCCUUUUCAAUAGCUCGAGUACGGACUUUGUGUAGCAAAACCACAUGGUACUCUACAACGUGCACUCGAUUAAUUGUUUGUGUUGCAAAAUAACUUUGAUCAAGACGUUGUGCUACUGAUGUUGUAGAAAAAGGAUUACAUUGUGAUGUAUUUAGGCCAUGUGGUACUUUAGCACUUCCAGUCUGAUAUUAUGACUCGAUGAUUAUCUUUAAAUCGAUAUGUCACUUAGGACGAUGUCACUGCAAUUUUGAUGGAAUUUCUUUGUCGGCACUAUGAUCUUAUGUCGACAUACCGUUAGUCACCAACUCUAAAUGUCUCUAUAAAGUUCGACCGACCGAGUUUUCACUGUACCUUUAACGCUGAAUGACAUCAUGCCUUAGUUUAUGGGUGAGCGAAUGUAUUGUAUAUAGUAGCGACCCAACCACUGCAAUACAAUAUAACCGCCACAGCGGCCUCUGUUGACUAAGCGGUCUUAUCACUAUGCCUGGAUUCAUUUGUUUCAUUGAAAAUAUAUAUGGUUAAAAGUAAUUUGUUUUUUAUCUAACUUUUUUUUUAAUAUAUUGACUCAUGUAUGUAUAUUGCUGCCUGCUCAUGGAGAAACAUGCUCUGACACAUUAUCAGCGAUGACAAGAGGCCUGAUAUGUUUUUUGUUGAAAAUACCUCUGCACGGAUAUUUGAUAUUUUUAUGACAUGCACAUUCCAUUUAAAUACUCUUUAAUUGAUCGCAGUAAAUGUGCCCCAUUGUUAUAAACUGUACAUACCAGUUAACACAUUGUUCACGUUUUCAUAAUAAAAGGUAACGCUUCAUACCG